AUGGUGAUUUUGCGGGCUCGGAGCUGCGGGUCUCGCGCCAAGCUGGUACACCGGCAGCUGCACCAGGAGCAUCGGCAUCUCCGCGCCCCGUCCGAGGGCGGCCGCGGCGGCAGCAGAAGGGACGAUAUGAACUCUCGCCCGGCCCCGCUGCCUCGAGCCACCCCCUGGCGCUCCCUGCCGUGCCCGCGCGCCGAACUCCGCCUCGACCUGGUACUCUGUGGCGGGCAGACCUUCCGGUGGUCAGAAACCAGUCCCGGCUACUGGACUGGUGUGCUGGCAGGACGGGUUUGGACCCUCACACAGUCAGAGGAGCAGCUUUGGUACACGCUGCAUGAUGAGGACAAGGAAGAGGGCGGCAGCAAGGAGGACGACAGCCCCUCCGAGCCACCGCUGAAAAAAGGGAAGAAGCAGACACAGUCCGAGGCAAGCCAUGCUGGGACGAGCGAACGCCAUUUACCAGGAGAAAUGAUCCGGGGAAUGGACGGAUUGACUCCCUCACAGAUCCUGCAGGACUAUUUCCAGCUACACGUCAACUUAUCUGCAUUGUACCAGGGUUGGUCUUAUGUUGAUUCACAUUUCCGGGAAGUGGCCAUCAAGUUCCCAGGGGUUCGGGUGCUGCGGCAGGACCCCGUGGAAUGCCUCUUCUCCUUCAUCUGCACCUCCAACAACCAUUUGUCACGCAUCACCAACAUGAUCCAGCACCUGUGCCAGGCCUUCGGGCGCCGCCUGUGCCAGCUGGACACCAAGACAUACCACGCAUUCCCCUCGCUGCAGGCGAUGGCAGGAGCAGACACGGAAGCCCGGCUGAGAGACCUGGGCUUUGGGUAUCGGGCAAGGUUUGUUGGAGAGAGUGCCCGUGCUGUCCUGAAGACGCUUGGCGGUGCCGCUGGCCUGCAGCAGUUGCGCUCCGUCCCCUACGAGCAGGCCCGGCACGCCCUGUGCACCCUUCCGGGCGUGGGAGUCAAGGUGGCGGACUGCGUGUGCCUCAUGGCGCUGGACAAGGCUGAGGCGGUGCCUGUGGACACCCACAUAUGGCAGGUUGCCAAACGCUACUAUGGCCAAGAGCUGGGCAUGGGAGCCCGCAGCGUGACGGAGCGGGUUCAUCGAGAGAUCGGGAACUUCUUUCGGAGCCUGUGGGGACCGUAUGCUGGAUGGGCACAGGCGGUCCUUUUUUGUGCGGAUCUAAGAAAAUACCAGGAGUCUCCUGAUCCAGAUGCCAAACAGCGCUGUGACAAAGUGGCCAGAAGCAGCCACUCGACCUUGACAUAAGCGUCUCUCUUGCAGCCCCAGUAUCAUUUGUGUGUCUGAUCCAGGCAAGAAAACAGUUUCCUCUGCAAGGCUGGAGCCAGGGAGAGAAGGCUGCCCACCGCAGACGGGCCACCGCCUGAGCUGCUGCAGAGAGGGCCCAGGGGGCGUGAGCUGUGGGCCUCCUGCUUAAGCUGUUUGGGGUUUUUGUCCACCAGGGGUUGUUUGUGGCCUAAGCAUGAUGUGUAGCUGCCGUGUGUUGUGUAGAAUAGAAUGCUUUUCCUGUAGCUUUUGUCACUUGCUUUGACUGGGGGUACAGUAUUACUGUGGUAAGGCCAGUUCUCAGUCGGCCAUUGGAGGCAGAAGACCUUCUUGCCAGAACCAAGGCCAUGGAUUUGGACUUCAGUCUGAAUUAUGGGGUGAUUAUCUCACUGUGAAAGAACAAUUUUACACACAAUGAAAGUGUGAGGGGGACCAGACAGCAGUCAGUGAGGGCUGAAGUCUCCGUGCUUUUGUUGGUCUGCUGAAGUUGGUUGUCUGGAUCAGGAAGGGGGUGUUGUGGGACAGAUUGCAGAUGGGUAGCCUGACCCAGUUCCAGCCCCACUACGGAAUUUCAUUGGACCUACUGAAACUUAAUCUACAUGUGGCUGAAAAGGCAGGCCGUGGUGUCACUAGUAAUUAAAGGGAAAUGUUUUUGAACUGGAAGCGAAAGAUGUCAUGUUAUUUCACAGCUCUCUAACGUGCAUGUAAGGUGGAAACAUUUGCAUAUAGAGCCGUGUCUUAAUGCACGUGCUCUGUAACUACAGAGCCCUUGCCCCUGGGUGGCCCCCAUCUUCCUAUUACGGAGCCUAACCACUUGCGAAAGGUCCGUUUGUGUGAAAAACAUGCAUUCCUAUCCUACUUGACCUCUGGUUGGGAAGCAGAGGGGUUCCCCAGGAAUCAGGCAUCCCUGGUCUAAAUCAUACCACACUUUGCCCUCUUCUAGAGCACUUUUAGUCAUGAUUAAGUCACCACAGAACAAAUUCGGAAUGACUAACCCAGUCCAGCCACUUUCAGUAGGACUAAGACUACCAUCUUAAGCAAACCUGCUUGAGUCUGUGCCCUAUGGAACUCAAUGGGACUUGGUUCUGAGUAGAUAAAGCAGGCUCUGCUGUUGGUCUGGACCAACUUGCUGGUUCAUGCCUCUUGUGUUUUGCAGGUGAUCAUAUUCUAAAUGAGAGAACUGGAUCCUUCCAGUGAAUAGGGGGGACAGAGGAAAGGUUUGCUGGUAACGGUUACCUUUGUGCCAACACCCAGAAACGAGAAUCACCUCUGAAAGGUGCUUCUUGUCUCACCUCCGGUUUGAUCUUCGUGGCCAUUCCAGCUAUUUGAAGCAACUGUAAAUAGGCCCUCUUCCACCCCUUAUAUGCGUGUAUAUAUAUAUAUCAAACAUCGUCCUCCAUUUUCUCUUGCUUUUUUCCUUUACUUGGAAUGGUAUUCCUGAGCAUCUUCAUUUUAAUUCUGUAGCCUAGCUUACCUUUCUUUUCCUGCCUAGCUCUCCUUUUCUCCUGCUCUUGUCAUCAAUAUCCUCCGUCUCUAUGAUGAGGUCUCAAGGGAUAGUUUGUUGGGCAAACUGAGUUAUGCUGCAGCCAAAGCUCAGCACCUUUAGGUUCUGCUGCUUUUAAUGGGAGACUCUUAAAUGUGUGCGCACGUGUGUGUGUGUGUGUGUGUGCACACACGUGCAUCUCCCUGUCAAAAUUAAUGAAAUGUUAGCAGCAUGCAAUUUGGACUGGGACGACUUGGGUUUUUAAUCACCUCAGGUUUUAGUAAACCAUGAUUUGACAUUUUAUUCCCAUGUAUAUUCCUUGAUUUUCUCUUGUCUACCCUGCACUGUGAGCUAUUUUGGGCAGAGACCUCUUUGUUUUCACCCUUUUAUACAGUGUUUAGCCUACUUCUAGGUGCUGUAUCAACAAUGUUAAAAAAUAAACAAUGAUGGUGGGACUGUU